AUGACUGGUCUCGUUUCAAAAUCUAAUCAUACAUCUAAAAGCCGCCCGUCUUCAUUAGCCAAAAAAGCUGCCAAGAGAGCUAUGGCCAAAGUAAAUUCAAACCCAAAAAGAUCGUCGGCGCAUUUGGAACGUGUGGUACAAUCCGUGAACGAUGCUACUAAAAGAUUGUCACAACCCGAAUCCACCAUAAGUGCUGCUACAAAAUCAUCAAAGAGGAAAUCCAGAGACACAGUAGGUCCUUGGAAGCUAGGAAAAACUUUAGGGAAGGGAUCUUCUGGUAGAGUUCGUUUAGCUAAAAAUAUGGAAACAGGACAACUUGCUGCAAUUAAGAUUGUUCCCAAAAAGAAAGCGUUCGUUCAUCGUUCUACCAACGGAACUAUGCCUAAUUCCUACUCUUCCUCCAUGGUCACCUCCAAUGUAUCUUCUCCCUCCAUAGUAUCCAAGGAAUAUAGCAAUCAUUCUCAAACUAAUCCAUAUGGUAUAGAAAGAGAGAUUGUUAUCAUGAAACUAAUAUCGCACACAAACGUAAUGGCAUUAUUCGAAGUUUGGGAAAACAAAUCAGAACUGUAUUUAGUGUUAGAAUAUGUUGACGGUGGGGAAUUAUUUGAUUACUUGGUCUCGAAGGGAAAGCUACCUGAAAGAGAGGCAAUCCAUUACUUUAAGCAAAUUGUGGAAGGAGUUUCUUAUUGUCAUUCUUUUAAUAUAUGCCAUCGCGAUCUGAAGCCUGAAAACUUACUAUUAGAUAAGAAAAAUAGAAGAAUCAAAAUUGCGGAUUUUGGUAUGGCGGCUUUAGAGCUUCCUAACAAACUUUUAAAGACUUCUUGUGGCUCUCCACAUUAUGCCUCUCCGGAAAUUGUUAUGGGUAGACCAUAUCAUGGCGGUCCAAGCGACGUCUGGUCUUGUGGUAUCGUCCUAUUUGCAUUACUGACUGGUCAUUUACCAUUUAAUGAUGACAACAUCAAGAAGUUGUUACUAAAAGUGCAAUCGGGUAAAUACCAAAUGCCCAUGAAUUUAUCUGCUGAGGCCCGUGAUUUAAUAUCAAAAAUACUGGUAAUUGACCCAGCAAAAAGAAUAACCACUCAGGAGAUAUUGAAGCAUCCUCUGAUCAAGAAAUAUGAUGAUCUUCCCGUCAAUAAAAUUCUCAGAAAAAUGAAAAGAGAUAACAUGGCGAGAGGGAAAUCCAAUUCAGAUUUACAUUUGUUGAAUAAUGUUUCACCUUCUAUUGUAACUCUGUAUUCAAGAAGUGAUAUCGAUGAAUCUAUCUUAAGGAGUUUGCAAAUUCUGUGGCAUGGAGUUUCUCGUGAAUUAAUCACAGCCAAAUUGCUUCAAAAACCAAUGUCGGAGGAAAAACUCUUUUAUUCACUGUUGUUACAAUACAAACAACGUCAUUCAAUAUCAUUGUCCUCAGCGAGCGAACAUAAGAAGUCUGCAAAGGAAAGUAGUAUAAACGAAUCAAAAAUUGAACAUACUGCUGAAAUCUCCAAUUCUACAAAUGAAGGGAACAAUAACGAUGUGAAAACUCCGCAUUCUUUAGAAGUUCACUCAGAAAACACUUCACGAUUCAAUAAUAAUGACACUAGCAUAAGUGUUAAUCCAGAAAUAAACGCCCCUGUGCUGACACAAAAGUCUCAAUUCAGCCUCAAUACACUCAGCCAUCAAGACAAUGAUAAGCUCGAAGCAGAAAUUGUAACAUUACCAUCUGCUAUUCCUAUAUUCAAUGCAUCUUCGUCAAGGGUUUUCCGUAACUCAUAUUCUUCUAUAUCAUCACGUUCGAAAAGGUCGUUACGUUUAUCAAAAUCCAGAUUAUCACUGUCUGCUUCAACUUCAAAAGAUACUGUGCAUGAUGGCGAGAUACCACCACCCCAACUGCCAAAGUCGCCUUCGAGAUAUUCGUUGUCAAGGAAGGCAAUUCACACUUCUCCAUCUAAUAAAACAAUCAAUAAAUCUCUUUCAAGGAAUAAUAUAGCCCCAACUGCCACUGUCAGAAGAACACUACAAAACUCAGCCUCAAAGAGAUCGUUAUACUCUUUACAGUCAAUUUCGAAACGUUCACUGAACUUGAAUGAUUUAUUAGUGUUCGACGAUCCUCUUCCGAGUAAGAUAUCAACAUUUGAGAAUGCUAGUAAAUCAAAGCCACACUCUUUGGAAUCGGAUUCUGACUUUGAGAUCUUAUGCGAUCAGAUCUUAUUUGGAAAUGCUCUAGAUAAGAUUUUGGAAGAGGAAGAGGACAACGAAAGGGAGAAUGACACACAAAGACAGAGAAGACAUGUUACGAAUAACUCGUCAGAUACUAUCACGGUAUCGGAUGCAUCUCUGAAUAAGGAAAAUGCAGGCUCCAAAAAUCCAACCAAGAUAGGAAAGAACCCAUCCAAUAUGUUUCGUGAACCAUUGGAGGAGAUAUCAAGGCUAUCUUCAUUUCCUAUUUUUCAAAAAGAGAAUUCUAUAAAUUCAACCUUUUUGGAAAAUCAGAAGCCCAAAAGAACGGCACUGUCAGAUAUCACAAACUCAUUUAAUGAAACCAAUGAACAGUUUUUUAAAAACAAAGACUUGGGAAUGGAAAAAAGAACCCAUAAGGAACAGCUUCAAAGGAAAAAUGGGCGUUUGUCAUCAUUCAAACCUAUCCAGUCCCAAGAACUCCGUAUAAAUUCUUUGCCUAAUAAACAAAGUAAACCAUCCCCAUCUCUAGACCCUCGUCGCAAUGUCUCCCAGCCAUUGAAUUCAAAAGUGGAAUCGCUAUUGCAGGGAACGAAGUUUAUGAAAGAGCCACCUUCUCAGUGUAACCAUGAGAGUGGUUCCUUAUUUAUGGAUAAAUGUGCCGCAGGUGAAACUCCAGGUGAAAUUUCGGAUGAUUUGAUUGAAAGUUCAUAUGUACCUUUAACAAUGGUAGCUUCACCUUCGAGAGAUCCCAGUAUUUUAGCAGAGUCUAGUACAAUUCAAAAACCAAUGUUGUCUUUACCUUCCAGCUUUUUGAAUACAUCUAUGACGUUUAAAAAUCUGAGCCAGAUGCUUGUCGAUGACGCUGAUGAUGCUAUUGAUGCUGAUGAUGCUGAUGAUGCUGAUAAUAAGCACUUGAAUGUACCACAGAAUCAAUCUAGGAGCGUAGCCAUGUCGCAUCCUUUGCGAAAACAGUCUGCGAGAAUAUCUUUAACGCCACGGUCUAACUUGAACGCUAAUUUAUCUGUGAAACGUUAUCAAGGCUCACCUGGUUCUUAUUUAAGCAACGAUUUCGAUGGAAUCUCGGAUAUGACAUUUGCGAUGGAGAUACCAACGAACACUUUUACGGCUCAGGCAAUUCAAUUAAUGAAUAAUGACCCACGCAAUAAUAUGACUAGCGUAUCACCCAAAGUAUCUUCGUUCACAAAAGCUGGAGGAUUUAAAUCGGCUGAUUACGUUUCGGAUGGUAAAAAAGCAGAUAACAACGAAAUUAAUAACAUCAUUGAUAACACUGUGCGAAAUACGAAAGAUGAAAAAGCUAUUAAUAUUUUUGAAGAUGCUCCCUCUGAUGAGGGGUCGUUAAACACAUCUUCAGAGAGCGAUUCACAAGGAAGUGUGCAUAGGAAAGCAGUGUCUAUCGACACAUUAGCAACCACAAAUGUUCUUACUCCCGCAACAAAUGUUAGAGUAAGUCUUUACUGGAAUAAUAAUAGUUCAGGCAUUCCUAGAGAAACUACUGAAGAAAUACUUUCAAAGCUUAGAUUAUCACCGGAAAAGCCUCCAACUCCUUACGUGCAAAAAAGAUUCUCUUCCACACGUGGCAGUCAUGAUAGUAAUACGUUAGGUAUUUCCCAAAGUGUACAGUCAAUGUUCAAAGAUCUGGAGGAAGAUCAAGAUGAGCACACUUCCCAAGCUGAUAUGCUUGAAUCAAGUUUAACCUGCCCAAAUCAAAGGCCAUCCGAGGAGAGCACUAAUCCACAACAAAGAGUUACAAUGUUAUUUGAUGAGGACGAAGAAGAAUCCAAAAAAGUUGGAGGAGAAAAAAUAAAAGAGGAGCAAAUCAAGCUAGAUGAUAGAAUAGUUGAGGAACCUCCCCAAGUUGCGUUGCCAAUUGUUGAGAAAGAGGAAAAUGCAGAUAUGGCCGAAAAUAAUCACCUUGAAGUACCAAAUAUCACAUCGGCUAAAGCUACCAAAGAAACCGCUACAAAAUUAGGUUUAUCUGCUAAUACAAAAAAGCCAGUAAACACUGUAAAAAGUGUUAAGAAAACAAAAACUGAAGAUGUUCCUGUCAAUGACAAAAGGAACUGGCUCGUGAAGUUGUUUCAAAACUUUUCAUCUCAUAAUAAUGGUACAAAGAUAUCUAAGAAUCAUGUAACGAGUAUAUCAUUUGAUGAUGCGCAUAUGCUAACUUUAAAUGAAUUCAACAAGAAUAGUAUUGACUAUCAAUUAAAAAACUUGGACCACAAGUUUGGCCGGAAAACGGUGGAAUAUGACUGCAAAUUUGUGGAAGGUAACUUCAAGUUCAAAAUUAAGAUUAGCAGUUUACCUAAUGCGUCGACGGUAAUCACCGUGAAAAGGCGAAGCAAAAACUCAAAUACUACUUCCGAUAAAGCUUUUGAAAAGUUUAAUAAUGAUGUCGAGAGAGUAAUUCGAAAUGCUGGACGUUCAUAA